AUGGAGGAAGGCUACCAAAACCGGACUGCCUUCAUAAAAGGCGCCAAAGACAUUGCCAAAGAAGUCAAGCGGCAAGCAUCUAAGAAGGUCGGCCGCUCAGUGGAUAAGGUGACCGAUGAGUACAGCAAGCGCUCCUACAGCCGGUUUGAAGAGGACGAUGAUGAUGAUUACCCAACGCAGGGAAGCCAGGACGGAGGCUAUUACCGUGGAGACAGCCAGGCGGCCAACGACGAUGAGGGCGGCCACAGUGACUCCACAGAGGGUCACGAUGAAGAUGAUGAGAUCUACGAGGGCGAGUACCAAGGCAUUCCCCGGGCUGAAUCAGGCAAGGGCAGCCUGGCUGGAGGUCCGGGAUCGGUGAGGGCCGGCGCUCAGCAGUUCACAGAUAUCGGAGUGUCCGAGGCUGAGAGGAGGAAGGACCAGGAAGAGCUGGCGCAACAGUACGAGACCAUUUUACAAGAGUGUGGUCAUGGGAAGUUCCAGUGGACCCUGUACUUUGUGCUGGGGCUGGCUCUCAUGGCAGACGGUGUUGAGAUCUUCGUGGUCGGGUUUGUCCUGCCCAGCGCUGAGAAGGACAUGUGCCUGUCUGAACCUAACAAAAGCAUGCUGGGUCUGAUUGUAUAUUUUGGGAUGAUGGUUGGGGCUUUCCUCUGGGGGGCUCUGGCUGACCGGAUAGGCCGUCGACAGUCUCUCCUCAUCUCUCUCUCCAUCAAUAGUGUCUUCUCCUUCUUCUCCUCCUUCGUCCAGGGCUACAGCACCUUUCUGUUUUGCCGACUCCUCUCAGGUGUUGGGAUUGGUGGCUCGAUCCCCAUCGUGUUUUCCUACUAUUCUGAAUUUCUGUCCCAAGAGAAGCGUGGUGAGCACCUCAGUUGGCUCUGCAUGUUCUGGAUGAUUGGGGGAAUAUAUGCAUCUGCCAUGGCCUGGGCUAUUAUCCCACAUUAUGGAUGGAGUUUCCAGAUGGGCUCGGCGUAUCAGUUCCAUAGCUGGCGUGUGUUUGUGUUAGUGUGCGCUUUUCCCUCUGUCGCAGCCAUCGCUGCCCUCAGCGCCAUGCCAGAGAGCCCACGCUUCUACUUAGAGAAUGGCAAACAUGACGAAGGCUGGAUGAUUCUGAAGCAAGUUCACGACACUAACAUGCGAGCAAAGGGACACCCAGAGAAAGUGUUUUCUGUCACCACAAUUAAGACGGUGAAGCAGAUGGAUGAUUUGACGGACAUUGGCACCGAUACUCCAGUAUGGCAUCGCUACAGGAUGAAGAUUAUGAGCCUCUCCCAUCAGAUACGGAAUAACAUUGUUGCCUGCUUCAGCCCAGAAUAUAAACGGAGGACUUUCAUGCUCAUGGCUGUUUGGUUUACCAUGUCUUUCAGCUAUUACGGUCUGACGGUGUGGUUCCCAGACAUGAUCAAGUACAUCCAGAAGCAGGAAUAUGACUCACGCACAAAGACCUUCACCAAGGAACGAGUGGAGCAUGUCACUUUUAACUUCACGCUGGAAAACCAAGUGCAUCUCGAAGGACACUACUUCAAUGACAAGUUCCUCAACCUGAAGAUGAAGUCCAUGGUGUUUGAAGACUCGGUGUUUGAGGAGUGCUACUUUGAGGACAUCACCUCCAUACACACCAUCUUUAGAAACUGCACCUUCAUUGCAAGUUUGUUCUACAACACAGAUUUGUUCAAAUACCGGUUUGUCAACUGUAAACUGGUCAACAGCACGUUCAUCCACAACAAGGAGGGCUGCAUGCUCGACUUCAGCGACGACUUCAACAAUGCCUACAUGAUAUACUUUGUCAACUUCCUCGGCACGUUGGCGGUGUUGCCUGGCAACAUCGUGUCGGCUCUAUUAAUGGACAAAAUUGGGCGUUUAAGGAUGCUCGCGGGAUCCAGUGUCAUAUCUUGUGUCAGCUGUUUCUUCCUGAUGUUCGGCAACAGUGAGUCAGGGAUGAUCGCCCUCUUGUGCCUGUUUGGUGGCAUCAGCAUCGCCUCGUGGAACGCCCUGGAUGUGAUAACAGUGGAGCUCUACCCCUCGGAUAAAAGGACCACAGCGUUUGGCUUCCUGAAUGCCCUCUGUAAGCUGGCGGCUGUCUUGGGCAUCAGCAUCUUCCAGUCAUUCGUCGGCAUCACGAAGGCUGUGCCCAUCUUGUUUGCGGCUGGCGCUCUCGCUGCAGGUAGUUUCCUUGCAACACAGUUGCCUGAAACACGAGGCCAAGUGUUGCAGUAA